UGACCGGCCCUCUCCUUAACCUUAAACCCCGCCUCUUCCUCUGGAGCCGGAUCGCAGUCCCGCCCUCCUCCCCAGUACUUCCUGUUCCCGGCUAAUCCUGACGCUGGACCCCGGGCUAGUGACCGUGGCCUGAGUGACCCCUCGACGGCUGCGGAGAGCGGGUCAGGUCGCAAAGAGGACAGAAGGCGGGAGGGGUGGCUCUCGGGCCGCGCGCAGCCCGCGCCGGGUCUUGGUGGGCGGCGAGGCUGGGGCUGGCUCCUGCCUCGGGAUGCCGGGGGAGGAGGAACAAACCUUCCUGGCCGCCCGCGAGGAGCUGGCGAGCGCCCUGAGAAGGGAUUCUGCACAGACAUUUGCCCUGGAGCAGCUCCGGCCACUACUGGCCACCUCCUUGCCUCCAGCCUCUCGCUACCUGCUACUGGACGCCGCACGACUGGUUAGCUGCAACGCUCAUGGGGAGCCCCUAAACUACCUCAACACUCUGGCCACGGCCCUGAACAUCCUGGAGAAAUACGGCCGCAACCUUCUCAGCCCUCAGCGGCCUCGGUACUGGCGCUCGGUCAAGUUUAAUAACCCUGUCUUUCGCAGCACCGUGGAUGCUGUGCAGGGGGGCCGGGAUGUGCUGCGGUUGUAUGGCUAUACUGAGGAGCGGCCGGAUGGACUGAGCUUCCCGGAAGACCAGGAGGAGCCAGAUGAGCACCAGGUUGCUACAGUCACACUGGAAGUACUGCUGCUUCGGACAGAGCUCAGUCUACUGUUGCAGAAUGCUCAUCCAAGAGAGAAAGCACUGGAGCAGCUGCUGAAAGACAAAGUUGAAGAUGAUGUGCUGCAGCAUUCAGAGUUAGACCCCCUACUGAGAGAAAUGGCUCCUGGCCCCCUCACUCCACCCUCUGCUGCAGGCCCCCCUUCUGGUCCCUGUUUUCUCUGUGGUUCUGCCCCAGGCACACUGCACUGCCCAGCCUGUAAGCAGGUCUCAUGCCCAACUUGUGACCGCCUGUUCCAUGGACAUCCAUCCCGUGCCCAUCACCUGCGCCAGACCCUGCCUGGGGCCACCCAGGCCACCCACCUGAGCCCCAGUUUACCUGCCUCAGCUCCACCGCGGCUCCCCUUGACUUCCCUGCUGGCCCAAGGAGACUGCUCUCUUUCUUCCCCAAAUCCUGCAAGUGCCCGUCUACCCUGGCACUGUGCUACCUGCGCCAUGUUAAAUGAGCCUUGGGCAGUGCUCUGUGUGGCCUGUGACCGGCCCAGAGGCUGUAAGGUGUUGGGGCCAGGGAUUGAGAGUUCCCAAGGAACUGGAGGCCUAGAGCCUGAGCUUGCACGGGGUCAGUGGGCCUGCCAGAGCUGUACCUUUGAGAAUGAGGCAGCAGCUGUGCUAUGUGCCAUGUGUGAGCGACCUCGGCUGGCCCAGCCUCCCAGCUUGGUGGUGGAUUCCCACGAUGCUGGCAUUUGCCUGCAGCCCCUUAAGCAGGGGGAUACUUUGCAUUCCUCUGCCCAGACUCAAGUCUGGUACUGUAUUCACUGUACCUUCUGCAACUCGGGCCCUGGCUGGGUGUGUGCUGUGUGCAAUCGGACCAGCAGCCCCAUCCCAGCACAGCAUGUUCCCCGGCUGGAUGCAAGCUCUUUGGAAAAGGAACUGCCAAAGCCUGGGCCUUCACAACAUCUCAGUGCCCCUCUGCCCAGUUCCUGUGGAGACCCUGAGAAACAACGCCAAGACAAGAUGCGGGAGGAGGGUCUUCAGUUAGUGAUCAAGAUCCGGGAAGGAGAGGUUGCAGGUGCCUGUCCAGAGGAGAUCUUCUCAGCUCUACAGUACUCAGGCACCGAGGUGCCCCUGCAGUGGUUGCACUCAGAGCUGCCUUAUGUGCUGGAGAUGGUGACAGAGCUGGCUGGCCAGCAGGACCCAGAGCUGGGUGCCUUUUCCUGUCAGGAAGCCCGGAAAGCUUGGCUAGAUCGUCAUGGCAACCUGGAUGAAGCUGUGGAGGAGUGUGUGAGGGCCCGGAGGAGGAAGGUGCAGGAGCUCCAGUCCCUGGGCUUUGGCCCUCAGGAAGGGUCCCUUCAAGCAUUGUUCCAGCAUGGGGGUGAUGUGGCACGGGCCCUGACUGAGCUGCAGCGCCAGCGCCUAGAGCCCUUUCACCAGCGCCUCUGGGACACUGGCCCUGAGCCUUCCUGGGAUGGGCCAGACAAGCAGAGCCUAGUCAGACGACUUUUGGCAGUUUAUGCCCUCCCCAGCUGGGGCCGCGCAGAGCUGGCACUGUCACUGCUGCAGGAGACUCCCAGGAACUAUGAGUUGUUGGAUGUGGUAGAGGCUGUGAGGCACAGCCAGGACCGGGCCUUUCUGCGCCGCUUGCUUGCCCAGGAAUGCGCCGUGUGCAGCUGGACCCUGCCCCGCAACCGGAUGCAGGCUCUGAUUUCCUGUGAGUGCACCAUCUGUCCUGACUGCUUCCGCCAACACUUCACCAUUGCACUGAAGGAAAAGCACAUCACAGACAUGGUGUGCCCCGCCUGUGGCCGCCCCGACCUCACCGAUGACACACAGUUACUCAGCUACUUCUCUACCCUUGAUAUCCAGCUUCGGGAGAGUCUGGAGCCAGAUGCUUAUGCACUGUUUCAUAAAAAGCUGACUGAGGCUGUGCUAAUGCGGGACCCCAAGUUUUUGUGGUGUGCCCAGUGCUCCUUUGGCUUCAUAUAUGAGCGUGAACAGCUGGAGGCAACAUGUCCCCAGUGUCACCAGACUUUCUGUGUCCGCUGCAAGCGCCAGUGGGAGGAGCAGCACCGAGGACAGAGCUGUGAGGAGUUCCAGAACUGGAAACGCAAUAACGACCCAGAAUACCAGGCCCAGGGCCUGGCGAUGUAUCUUCAGGAAAAUGGCAUUGACUGUCCGAAAUGCAAGUUCUCCUACGCCCUGGCUCGCGGAGGCUGCAUGCACUUUCACUGCACCCAGUGCCGCCACCAGUUCUGCAGCGGCUGCUACAACACCUUUUAUGCCAAAAAUAAAUGUCCAGAGCCUAACUGCAGGGUGAAAAAGUCCCUGCAUGCUCACCACCCUCGAGACUGCCUUUUCUACCUGCGCGAUUGGACUGCUGCCCGGCUCCAGAAGCUGCUACAGGACAAUAACAUCAUGUUUAACACAGAGCCUCCUGCUGGAGCCCGGGCAGCCCCUGGAGGUGGCUGCCGAGUGAUGGAGCAGAAGGAGGUUCCCAAUGGGCUCAGGGAUGAAGCUUGUGGCAAGGAAACUCCACCUGGCUAUGCCGGCCUCUGCCAGGCACACUACAAAGAGUAUCUUGUGAGCCUCAUCAAUGCCCACUCAUUGGACCCAGCAGCUCUGUAUGAAGUGGAGGAGCUGGAGACAGCCACUGAGCGCUACCUGCAUGUGCACCCCCAGCCCUUGGCUGGAGAGGAUGCCCCUGCCUACCAAGCCCGUUUGUCACAGAAGCUGAUGGAAGAGGUGCCCUUGGGACAGAGUAUCCCCCGCAGGAGGAAGUAGCUGAGGGCAGGGGUCUUCAGGAGGGCCCAGUGGCUCCCUCAGGAACAGCUCCAGCACCAAUAAAGAGGCAUCUUAUUGCCAGGC